CAUCCCCCGCCGCUGCCGCCGCCGCGCCGCGGGAGGAGGAGGCGGAGCGCGUCGCAGGCUGCUCCCGUCAGUUCCCGAGGCGGGGACGGCGGCGGUUCCAGUUUAGCCAACAAUGGCAUCCACACUGAAUCAGAAAGAAGCCACUGGCAACCAAAAUUCAUGGGAUAGUUUGCUCCCAGAUUUACCUAAAGGCCCGUUUUGCAGAUACCGUAAGAAAGCUUCCUUCAACUGGAAAGAGAUGGCAGUGUUACUAGAUGGAGAAGAUAUCAUCCAACUAAAGAACAGAAUCUUCUCUGCUCUGGAAAGUGAUCCUCUCUUUGCACAUCAUCCUGGAGAAGAUUUGUACCGUGAGAAAUAUCAGGAGCUGACAUUUCUGCGCUGUAAAAGGCUCUUUGAGUAUGAUUUUCUUCCUCAGCAAGAGAUCAUAGAGAACCCCUUAAAGAUCUUUAUUAUGGUGCUCUGUAUAGGAAUGUACGAUUGGUCUCUAUGUCUCCAAUUUGUCUUACAUAGCGGUGUAUUUGGAACUGCAAUCAUGAGUGCUUAUAAGAGGUUUGCACACAUUUUGAAACAAGCUUAUAGAAUGGAGAUUUUUGGAUGUUUUGCUCUGACUGAGCUCAGCCAUGGAAGUAAUACCAAAGCCAUACGAACUACUGCCACAUUUGAUCGGAACACUCAGGAAUUUAUCAUCAAUACACCUGACUUUGAAGCUGCAAAGUUCUGGGUUGGUAAUAUGGGAAAACACGCCACUCACGCGGUUUUGUACGCCCAGCUCUAUACUCCUGAUGGACAGUGCCAAGGAUUGCAUUCUUUUCUUGUACAGAUUCGAGAUACAAAAACUCUCCUACCAAUGCCAGGUGUGAUGGUAGGGGACAUAGGAAAGAAAAUUGGACAGAAUGGGUUGGAUAAUGGAUUCGCCAUGUUCCACAAUGUCAGGAUACCUAAAGAAAACAUACUGAAUAUAGCUGGAGAUGUCACAGCUGAGGGGAAGUACUCAAGUUCAGUCAAGGAUGUUAAAGAGCGUUUUAGUGCAGCUCUGGGAACCUUGUCCAGUGGCAGGAUUAUGAUCACGGCAAUUUCCACAACCAAUUUAAAGCUUGCCUUGGCAAUAGCCAUUCGCUUCUCAGCAGCUCGCCGCCAGUUUGGACCAACUGAGGAUGAAGAAAUACCUGUUCUUGAAUACCAAACACAGCAAUGGCGUCUUUUUCCUUACCUGGCCGCUGCAUAUGCCUUAGAUUAUUUCUCCAAGUCCCUGUUUGAGAACUAUGUAGAGUUUUAUGCAGGUGUGUUGACACAGCAAAGGAAUCAGAGACAGGCUGAUUUGGGACGUGAGAUUCAUGCUUUAUCUGCUGCCAGCAAACCACUGGCAUCUUGGACUGCUCAGCAGGCAGCUCAGGAGUGCCGAGAAGCUUGUGGAGGACAUGGUUACCUUGCCAUGAAUCGUCUGGGUGAUAUCCGAAAUGACAAUGAUCCAAACUGCACAUAUGAGGGAGAUAACAACGUCCUCCUUCAGCAAACCAGCAACUACUUAAUGAGCUGGAUGAACUGCAUAAGAGAUAAAGCUCCUUUUGAAUCCCCUUUGGGAACAAUAAACGUUUUGCAAGACUAUCAUCAUAUCCUUGGCUGGAAAUUCACAGCCAUUAGUGUUGAAGAUUGCAUGGACUCCUCAGUUCCUUUAGCAGCUUAUAAAUGGCUGUUUUGCUACCUGCUCCGAGAAAGUGACCUAAAACUGAGUAAGGAAAAGCAGGCUGGGCUAAGUGAUUUUGAGGCAAAAAACAACUGUCAGGUGUACUACUGUCGAUCCUUAGCCAUUGCCUUUAUUGAACAAACAGUCUUACAGCGGUAUCAUGACUACACUCAUGACCCCAGCAUUCCACCUGCACUGCAGCCAGUGCUUAAGAAUCUCAGUGCUCUCUAUGGACUCUGGUCUUUAAGUAAACACCUGGCUGUGCUCUACCAAGGUGGCUAUGCUUCAGGUGAACAACCUGGUAGACUUAUUCAGAAUGCUAUUCUGGAGCUCUGCUACAGGUUGAAAGAUGAUGCCGUUGCCCUCGUUGAUGUCUUUGCUCCUCCCGACUUCAUUCUCAAUUCUCCCAUUGGUAAAGCCAGUGGAGAGUUAUAUAAAAAUAUGUGGGGAGAGAUCCUUCAAGGCAACAAAGUUCUGAACAGACCUUCAUGGUGGGCAGAAUUUUGUAUUAAUAAACCUGUUAGAGGCAGGCUGAAGUCAAGAUUGUAAACCAAUCAACUUGUAAGAGUCUGGAUGGCCUGAGAUGGAUACUUCAUUUCAAACAUCAAGAGGAAAGGAGACCAUAUGUCAAACACUGAAAAUGGAAGAGAUUUUCAUUGAGAGGUGCCAAGUUUUAAAGUAACUUUGAAAUCAAGUCCAACUUGGUCUCAGGGACUGUUAACAUAGUAAUGACAGGAGCAAGAGCAACAAAUCUGCACACUAUACAUAUUUACUCAAUUAAAUGCAAAAAAAUGAAGAAUCAUUAUGAUUGCUGCUUUGCAAAGUUUAUAUAAAAGAAAUUUUCCAAUCA